GAACGAAACAGGAAAAACUUGAACUCUUUACUAUGGGAUCUCGCUCAUAUGCAACAAUUUAAAAUCCGCUGCGAAAAUGAUGUAUCUUUCUUUCAGUCGUAGGACUCGUAAACAAUGUUUGUGGAAGAAAACAACAUGUUUUGCGGUCUGGGUCCUCCUCGUCAUGAACAAAAAUAUCACUUUCCGGUUUGCCAAUGGUCUGUCCACAUCGAAAUCCAGACGUAAUGUUGAAGGAGGAUCUGAAUCGUUUCCGUUCCGUCGUAGCGGAAGACGUGGGGCAAUGCCAACCACGAGGAGGCAACAAUCGGGUCCAAUCAAUUCGAAAAAGGAACAAACGGUUGUCAUCCUCUACAACAAACCUCCAGAUGUGAUUACAUCGCAUGAAUCCCAAGACUUGAGAUCUACUGUUUACGAAGACAUACAAAGUAUGAGAGGAUAUCUUCCGAAAAUAAAUGGCAAAAGCGAAAAAAGAAGCCAACCUAUUUCUUUCGAGGAAGCUACAGGGAUUCGAUCUAAACUUCAUGCGAUCGGACGGCUCGAUGCCGAUACGACCGGUCUCCUUCUUCUAACCAACGAUGGGAGAUUGGUCCAUCACAUCACCAAUCCAAAUUCCAAAACGGAAACACACGAACACUACGAUACUUCAACAGGCACGACAGCCGCAACUAUCAGCAAGACAUAUCAAGCGUUGAUAAUGGGACACCAUACUGAAGAAUCAUUGGAACCGAUUCGCCGCGGUGUUGAUAUUGGGAAAAACUACAUCACGAAGCCACUCCUCGAGGAGAGUGAUCUGCAGGUACUCGAACACCCAAAUCACAAAUCGACAAUUGUAUCAAUUACCAUUGGUGAAGGAAAAAACAGACAAGUUCGAAAAAUGUUCCAUGCAAUUGGAUCGGGAGUCAUGAAGCUCAAACGCACACGAAUCGGGGACCAUUUGACCCUGGACGGGGUGGAAGGUACGUAAAAAGAUGAAUGUUUCAAAUUUGAUCUAUCUAUUUUCUUAAUUAUGAUAAUGACGACAGCAAGCCGGAUUUGUUUGUAUGCUGCGAUAAAUGAAUUCUUAUCAUAUAUCAACUUGAUGGCGUGUUUCAUCGUAUGGCAUUCAUAGAAGGAGAAUGGAGAGUGAUGGAACACACAGAGGUCCAGCGCUAUUUAAAUUGGAACACAAGGGAUCUAAUCGACAUAUCGYCAUCCACCAAUUCGCCACCGAGAGCCAAACGACGACGGAGCGGCUCCGUAAAAGCGAGAAGAAAGCUGAGAAGAUAUUAGCGACACAAUGGUGAUCAUCCACCUUGCUUUUAUACCCUACCGUAAUGUUUGCCGCUGCUCUAGUUUAAUGUGCGAUUAACAAUUAC